CUUUUUAAUUUACAUGUUUAUGGCGAUUGUGGUGUAGGUCGGAUAUUUACGAUUAUUUUGAUUAAUUAGGGAAAUCCAGCCAUAAAAAACAUUGAUCAGGCCUUCAGCUAGCGAUCGCCGGCGGGGACGAGCGGAGACGACAUUAAAGUGAAUAUGCUGUCGGUCACCUUAACCACCUCAUUUCCGGCCAGCUCCGGCAGACACUGGAGACCGGCUCCGUCGAGGUUGACGCCAUCCUCUUCUUCACAUCCAUUUCCGAGCACUGUGUCGGAAGGGAAAACAGAGGAGAAGAUCGCUGAGCCUCAAACCAAAACAGCUCCGGCGACCGCCAUCAUCGGAACAAGUGCCACUUCCUGGAAAGAGGCUGAUAGCCACCCAGACACAGGUCGCCGGCCAAUUAAUACGCCGCCUCCACCAUGCCCACAACCAGCAUCUCUUCGACCUCGAAAAUCACCCUCCUUUUUCGCAUCCAUCUGCAGGGACCUCGACAAGCUCAUCCACAUCUUCAUGGAUCCCCCCGUUCUCCAUCGCUCCGUAGACCCCCACCACGUGCUCUCCGGCAACUUUGCUCCCGUCGACGAGCUCCCUCCGACGACUUGUCCGGUCGUCCGUGGCGCCAUCCCGCGGUGCCUAGCCGGCGGCGCCUACAUCCGCAACGGGCCCAACCCGCAGCAUCUGCCCCGCGGCCCCUACCAUCUCUUCGAAGGAGACGGCAUGCUGCACUCGCUCCUCCUCGCCUCCGGCGGCGACGGCACCGAUCGCGCCAUCCUCUGCUCCCGAUAUGUUUGCACCUACAAGUACCUCCUGGAGCGCGACGCCGGCGGCCCCGUCCUCCCCAAUAUUUUGUCCGGCUUCCACGGCUUCGCCGGGGUGGCGCGCGGAGUGGUAGCAGCGGUGAGGGUACUCACUGGGCAGAUGAACCUCGCGGAGGGAAUUGGCUUGGCAAACACCAGUUUGGUCUUCUUCGGUGGCCGCCUCUACGCGCUGGGGGAGCCCGACCUGCCCUACGCAGUGAGCGUGUCGCUCCAGGACGGGGAGAUCACCACUCUGGGCCGGUGUGACUUCGCCGGCCGGGUCUCCAUGGGGAUGACCGCCCACCCCAAGAAGGACCCGUCAACAGGGGAGCUCUUCGCCUUCCGCUACGGCCCGAUCCCUCCCUUCCUCACCUACUUCCGGUUCGACGCCAAUGGGAACAAGGCGGGCCCCGACGUGCCCAUCUUCUCGGUGCGGCAGCCGUCGUUCCUGCACGACUUCGCCGUGACGGAGCGGUACGCCGUCUUCGCGGACAUCCAGAUCGUGAUGAAACCGAUGAACAUGGUGCUGGGCGGCGGCGGGCUGGUGGGGUCGGACAACGGCAAGGUGCCGCGCAUCGGGGUAUUGCCGCGGUAUGCCACAUCGGAGGCGGAGAUGCGAUGGUUCGAGGUGCCGGGUUUCAACCCGCUUCACACGAUCAACGCGUGGGAGGAAAAAGGAGACUUGAUCCUGGUGGCGCCGAACAUACUGUCGGUGGAGCACGCGCUGAAGCGGAUGGAGCUAAUGCACGCCUCCAUGGAGAUGGUGCGGAUCGAACUGGAAGGCGGCGGCGCCGUAACGCGGACACCGCUCUCGGCGGCGAACCUAGAACUCGGAGUGAUCCAUCCGGGCUACGUGGGGCGGAGGACCCGCUACGUAUACCUGGGCGUGGCGGAUCCAUUGCCGAAGAUAAGCGGGGUGGUGAAGCUCGACCUUGCGGUCGCUGGCAAUCGAGAUUGCGUGGUUGCCCGGCGAGACUUCGGGAGGGGGUGCUUCGGAGGGGAGCCCUUGUUCGUGCCCAAAGGCGAGAGGAAAGACGAGGCGGAAGACGAAGGGUACUUGGUCUCGUACGUGCACGACGAGGACAGAGGCGAGUCGAGGUUCCUGGUAAUGGACGCGCAGUCGCCGGAAUUGGAGAUCGUGGCGGAGGUGCUGCUGCCGCGCCGAGUGCCCUACGGAUUCCACGGCAUCUUCGUUUCCAGAGAAGAGCUGGAAUCGCAAUGGUCCCUGUAGAGAACACGCAACAGCGACGGCAUCUCUGCUUGUAUAAAUAAAUAAAUAAAUAAAUUUAAAUAAAUAAGUAUCUAUGUCCUUUAUAUUUAUAAAUAAUAUAAAUAAUAUUU